CUUCUUCGGCUCAACAAUCUAGAGCCUCAUCUAUCAUGCGUCAAAUAAAAAAACCCCGCGGUCGUGCUUCUAAUAAAAAAUCCUCUCCUCCUACGCCUGCAAAUAAUAUUGUUAAUACCGUUCCUAUCCCUCAUGCCUCUGGUAAAGUUACGAAGAAACGUGCUAGUAAACGUCCACUUAAUGCCAAAACUAUGAAAGUCCAACAUGUUGAACAGGAUGAAGAAGGAAAAUACAAGCUCCCUGUUCAAAUUGGUAUAUUAACUGUAUUGAACCUUGGCACUGUCGUUUAUGAACGUGAUACUUUCCACAAUGAAAGAUACAUCUGGCCUGUCGGAUAUGCUGUUAAAAGAGCGUACAAUAGCAUGAUCAAUGCUGAUAGCCAAACUAUGUAUGUUUGCAAGAUCGAAGAUGGUGGUGAAGGUCCAAAGUUUGUCAUAGAAGCUGAAGAUCAACCUGAUAAACCUAUCAUAGCGAACACUGCAACUGGUGCUUGGACUUCUGUCGUUCGUGAAGCUAAUGCGAUUCGUCAUCGUGAUCAUUCUAACUCCGCUUCAGGUCCUGACUAUUUUGGUUUUUCACAAGCAACAAUUAGAAAAAUGAUACAAGACUUGCCUAACGCUAAUAAAUGCAAAAACUAUGUGGAACAACAUUUUGAAGUUAUGAAGACAAGAAAUGGUGGCGGCAGGCGUAGAGGUACUGGUGCCCGUACUACUAACGGUAAUGGUAGAGUGAACGGAGCUGUUGGUUCUCCCGUCUCAACUGCUCCUCCAUUAAUUGAAGAGAAUGGUGAGAAUGGUGUUGAGUCAAACAGUAGUAAUGGUGAUGCCGAUGUUGUCAUGUCUAAUUCAGGCGAAGGAGAGUUGGAAAGCGAAGAGUAA